AGCCCUCGCCGUAGUAUUUUUACAACCCGGACAUAGGGACUGUGACGAAACUUGGAGGGGUUGUGCGGUCGAUCUCCGAAAACUUUGUGUAGCCUUUUCAGAGAAGGCAGUGUUAUAGGUUUUGAACCCAACCAAGAAAGAGCAAUCACGUGACCAGUCGUAAUGUGUUUUUCGCUGUCCACGUGAUGUUACAAACUUUAGCGUGUCUUCAUAUGUCACGGAAUAGAUCCUGAACUUUAAGUAUUUGUCUGUAGCUACAUGUACUGAGGUGAAACACUAGAGUGAUUCAGUGUCCUCCGGAUGAUUAAAUGAGACGAUCUCAUCGCGCAGCCGGUCUGAGGUCCCACAGGUUACAUUCAGUUGGAAUGUGUGUCAAGGUGUGUGUGACCAGUGCCAGCAUCUCUUGUCCUUUUUUUAACCAGUUAGUCGAGCCACAUUAUCAGUGAGAUUUUCUGGACAUUAUGCCAAUUGAAGAAGUCUGUGACAGUGUUUCAGCAGAAGAUGAUGCUAAGAAGGGGCCAGAUGUUCCUUUCCUUUUAGAGGAGCGUGUAAAAGAGAAAGUGCCCUGGAAGGAAGUGUUGAAAAAGAAGGUGGGAAAAAAGUGUUCCUGCAGUUCUGCUCGAGUCAAAGCCCUGCUCAUAGAUUCUAUCCCAAUCAUAAAAUGGCUGCCAAGAUAUCAAUUCAAAGACUGGAUCAUUGGGGAUGCCAUGUCUGGCCUUAUCGUGGGCAUCCUCUUGGUUCCUCAGUCCAUCGCCUAUUCUUUGCUGGCAGAACAAGACCCUAUUUAUGGGCUCUAUACAUCUUUCUUUGCCAGCAUUAUCUACACACUACUCGGCACCUCCAGGCACAUCUCUGUUGGUAUAUUUGGGGUAUUGUGUCUUUUGGUGGGACAGGUUGUGGACAGGGAACUUACUCUGGCAGGAUAUCCAUCAGACACCAAUCAGACUACCUUGGGAAAUGUGGACAACAGCACUGGUCCAAUUUGUGACCGAAGCUGCUAUGCAAUCAUGGUGGCAGCAACACUAACUUUCACAGCAGGGGUCUACCAGGUGUUGAUGGGUCUCCUACAGGUUGGCUUUGUCUCCGUCUACCUCUCGGACUCUCUGUUGAGUGGUUUCGCAACUGGUGCCUCUCUUACCAUCCUCACAUCCCAGAUAAAGUACUUACUGGGGCUUCACCUUCCUCGUGUCCAAGGGUGGGGUUCUCUCAUAAAAACCUGGAUCAGUCUUUUCAAGAAUCUGGGUCAUACCAACCUCUGUGACCUCAUAACCAGUGUGCUCUGCUUGCUUGUGCUUGUACCCACCAAAGAGCUUAACGACCGCUUCAAAGCCAAGCUCAAGGCCCCUAUCCCCUUUGAACUCUUUGUGGUUAUUGCUGCUACUCUAGCUUCCCACUUUGGCCAGUUUGAGGAAACUUAUGGCUCAAAUGUAGCUGGCAACAUUCCCACAGGCUUCAUGCCACCUCAGCUUCCGAACUGGUCUCUCAUACCCAAUAUCGCCGUUGAUGCAUUCUCAAUCGCCAUUGUUGGUUUCGCUAUUACUGUUUCUCUGUCUGAGAUGUUUGCCAAGAAGCAUGGUUAUAUGGUGGACCCUAACCAGGAGAUGUAUGCUAUUGGGUUCUGUAAUAUCAUUCCAUCCUUCUUCCGUUGUUUCACGACCAGCGCCGCCUUGACCAAGACUCUUGUGAAGGAGUCGACUGGUUGCCAGACUCAGAUCUCGGGGUUGGUGACCGCUCUUGCGCUGCUGCUCGUCCUGCUUGUUAUAGCACCUGCCUUCUACUCAUUGCAGAAAUGUGUUCUGGCCGUCAUCAUAGUCGUCAACCUCCGCGGGGCACUGCGAAAGUUUGGGGACAUUCCCCAAAUGUGGCGUGUCAACCGUUUGGACGCUAUCAUCUGGCUGAUUACCAUGGCUACAUCAGCACUAGUGAACACUGAGCUAGGUCUACUAGUUGGAGUCCUGGUCUCUGCAUUCUGUGUGCUAGGCCGAACCCAGUCCGCCCAAGUCCAUCAGCUGGGCCAAGCAGGGGACCGCGAGCUCUUUGAGGACCUUGCGUCCUACAAAGGUCUCCAGAGCCAGGCAGAGGUGGCUGUUUUCCGAUACGAGGCUCCCAUCUACUAUGCAAACCAAGCUCUUUUUAAGAAGUCACUGUAUCGCAAUGUGGGCCUGGAUCCACUUAAAGAGAAGGCCAGGCGCAGGAAACUAGACAAGCAGAGGAAUCAGAAACAAGAAGGAGAAGACCAGAAACAAGAGAUGGAUGUGUCCACCAAUGUGUAUCUGCUACAGCACAACAGUUUGCACAAAUUGGUCAUUGACUGCAGUCCAGUGCUGUUUCUGGACACUGCUGGAGUCAAUGCUUUGAAAGAGGUAUGCAAGGACUACAAGGAGCUGGGAGUCAAUGUGCUUUUGGCGCGAUGCAACACCUCUGUCAUUGAUUCUUUGCGAAGGGGAGGCUAUUAUGACCCAAAGAAAGGGAUCAAAGACAUACAGUUUCACACUCUUAGUGAUGCCGUCUCUUAUGCCAAAAGCUUGAAGUCGCAAAAUGGUGAUUGUGACACUGUUGUGUAAUAUCUUGUAAUGCAUUGAUCCAAAAUUUUCUUUGCAUUUAAUAUUUGUCUGUUUCGGCAGUUCAGAUUUAUAUGAGCAUUUACUUUUCAUGUCGUUCCAAAUCUGUAUCACUUUUUUAAAUACAAAAGAAGAUAUCUAGAAUGUUUCUUUCUAUGAACCUUGUCAAUGCUAUGAAAGUCAAUGGAGCCCAAAAUGUGUUGUUUUGGACCCCACUGACUUUCACUGCAUUAAAAAAACUAAACCAUUACUAAAAAUAUAAAGUCAUACAGGUUUGGAACCACAUGAGGGAGAGUAAAUGAUGACAGUUUUCAUUUUUGAGAGAACUAUUCUCUUCAAAAUUUCUUAAAAUGCAUAGACAAUCAAUGUGUAUAUCUGUUACAACAUAAUUGCUAUUGAAAAAGAAAAUGUGUUGUGUUCUGCAGGACCUUUAAAUAUAAGUUCAAACUUUCAAGACAUUGUGUAUCCCAUGACCUUUGCCCAGUCAGGAUGAUAAUCAGAAUUUUCUUCUGGUCUUAAAAUGAUGUAUUUUGAUAGCAUUUAAGUGUCUAAUAAUAACAUGUUUGGCUUAAUUUAAAAAGCUUAAACUCAAGGGCUCAAUCUUUCUACAUGAAUCUAAAUGAUUUAUGCUAGACAAGCUCCAGUAUGUUUACUCUUUAUCUCCUUCCACUGUAGUUUUUGCUCAUUCAGUCAGAAUUAUAUGAUGUAUAAUCUCAUUUGUGACAUUUACCCAUCUUUAUGGGUACUUGUGCAUGUUUAAAUGACCAUAAAGCUUGGAUACACUGAGCGCUUGUUGUCAGGGUGAAUGCAAGUUGAACUCUUUCACCCAGUCAUCAUAUGUUUACCUCAAUCGCAGAAGCACCAGAGUGUGUGCCGAUGUGCCUUUUCACUGUGACUGUGCAGCAGAGGUGGGAGACUAGAGUCACGUGACUUGACUCGAGUCCAGACUUAAGUUGCAAAUUUUAGGACUUGAGACAUGCGUGACAAAUAUUCAUAAAAGACUUGACUUGAGACUUGACUCGAACUUUAGUUAAUUGACUCGAAAUAACUUGACUUUUCAUUCUUUAAAUAUCUGUUUGUUUUUGAAUGCACCGCAACUUAGAGAGAGAGCUAACAUAAAAGCUUGGACACAGUGUUGCCUACUUAUUGACUUUGUCACUAAUUUUUCAGACCCCUUUAGCUAUUUUCCCCUCAAAAAAAAAAAAAAAAGAACCUAGUGAAAAAUCUAGCAACUUCUUGGAACAAACCUUAUUUAGUUUCUCAGACUCGCCGGUAUUGCCGCACGAGUGCAAAUUUUUGUUUUCCCAGCAUGCACACACCUCUCUCUGCGUCUACUCUGUUCAGCAAGCGGCUGUUAAAAAUAUAUAUUCUGUCGCUUCGAACUCUUUUACAUGCAAAUAUAGCCAAAUUCACAGCACAGCCAUUGUCUUUAUCUUGUGUGCAUUUGAUUAGACGACGAAAGCAUGGUUAGCUUACCGUCUGCUAAACCCUGAACUUUCGUUUGAUUAACCCCUAAACUUUGCUUACUCGAGGUAUGAGGUUUCCAAAAACCCGUCCGGGAGUAAGUUCAUUCAACUUAGAGUAUGUUUCUGGUUAAGACUCAAGACAUUCUCAACAGAGAGAUGAAUCAACGAGUCACUAUGGA